GAGAAUGCGCACGCAUUCAGAUAUUCGCGGAAUUUUUGCAGUUAUGAGGAAAUCAUGUGGAUAUUUGUUUAUAUUUGUAUUUCAUGUGUUUGCAGAACGAAACACAAGGCUUAGAGCAUUUGAAGUACCUUCAGGUACCCUCAACACAAGAAAUAGCAGCAAUGUUUUGAACAGAUUUUAUGUGUAUAAUCAUUACAAGGAUGAUGUCGGACAUCACCGAAGUUUGGCAAACAAAUUUAAAGAUAAUGGAGCAAAGAAUGGUCUUACAAAAUUUUCAGAUCUUAGCUUUGCUGAAUUCAAAGAGUUGUACCUUAGUGACUUGCAGCCGAGUGUGAAACCCUUUAAUCAUACCAGGAUCAUACCAGUACAGCAGCUUAGGAAACUUCCUAUCCCUGACAGAUUAGACUGGAGAACAUAUUUAAACUAUAGUAUUAUCUCCCCAGUGAAGAACCAGAAGAAAUGUGGAGGAUGUUGGGCUUUCAGCACAGUAGAGACUGUAGAGAGCAUGGUUGCCAAGGCAACAGGAAAUGCUCCACCCAAUUUAUCCGUUCAGCAGGUGAUAGACUGUGCCAGUAACAAUGCCGGUUGUGAAGGAGGAGACACAUGCAGGGCACUUAGCUGGAUGGUCGAUUCCAAGACACCACUAGUAUCAGAUGCUCUCUAUCCACUGACAGAUGAGUCAAACUUCUGUAAGAUUGAACCCAAUGACACUAAAGGCACCCAAGUGAAGGAUUACCAAUGUUAUAAACAUGUGAGUGAGGAUAAAGUAUUACAGUUGUUACAAGGUGGUCCACUUGUUGCUGCAGUUGAUGCUACUACAUGGUACAAUUAUCAAGGGGGGGUAAUCCAGUAUCAUUGUGAUGCUUUCGUUAACCAUGCAGUACAAAUAGUUGGCUAUGAUUUGUCAGGCGAAGUUCCCUAUUAUAUCGUGCGCAAUUCCUGGGGUGCUGAUUUUGGACAUGAUGGUUUUCUGUAUAUCAAAAUUGGUGAAAAUGUUUGUGGAAUUGCGUCAGAGAUAUCAACUGUCUUGGUAUACGCAUAGUUUAGUGGAACAGUUGUGUCUGGGUAUACGUAUUAAGUGGUUUUGGUCUUGGUGUACAUUUGAUUCAGUGGAUUGUGUCUAGGUAUAUGUAUAAUACAAUAGGUAGUGUCUCAGUGUAUGUAUGAUUCAGUGGACUUUGUGUAUAUAUGAUUGUGACUCUAUGUACAUAUGAUUUAAUGGAAUAUAUGUAUCAGUAUCUGUGAUGACUUGAUGAAAAUUGUUCAGCUUUUUUCUAUGGAUUCAGUAUGUGCUAAAACAUAGGCAUAUUCUUUAUGGAAUCUCCUGUUAAGAUGUUUGGGGUAAUUGUAACUUUUACAGCAGCUAUUGGCUCGAAAAACUUACUUGUCAAAUGAAAUUAACUAUGUUAGCUUUUAUCUUACUUUCUGGUACAAUAGCCAAUGCAAGUGUUUGAAACCUGAUACCAAAAUUCAAAAACACAUAUCUAAAAUACACAGUGGCAUUCAUUAUAGAAUGUAUCAAUCUGUAAUCAUCCACAAACUUUGAAUUGUACCAGUUACGAAAUCUGGAGACAAAUAGCUCAAAUUUUCAGAAUACUUUAGAAUAUGGUUUUCAUAUGCUAGAACAGACUGGUGCACAGCUUAAAGUUUCAGUUACAUUGUUGUCAUGGAAAUUAACUAAAAGAUUAUGCUAUCUAUAUUGCCUGUUGUCAUGGAAACAAGAAGUUUUAUCCUGUUACAUGCUGCAAUGUUGUUUCAUAUUUCACACAAAAUUUACAAGUGAAAGUAUUAACAUUUGAAUGUAACCAAAGAUGUACUUUUUUGUUAAGGAGGGUGCUUUAUGUUUAUAAUUUAAUAAUUAUAGGUUAUUAGAUUUGUAUCGAGAAAUAUGCACGAGUUCUGCAGGGGAAAUAUUGCGCGACUUUAAAAGCGCAAUUUUAUUCCUGUGAAGGAAUGAGUGCAUAUUUCUCAAUGCAGAUCUAAUCAUCUAUUUAUUACAUACGUAUCUACACUUAAAAUUAUCAUAUAGGUCAUAAAAAUUUGUUAUUAAGCCUGAGUCAGAUUGGAAAUAUGGUUGUUAUAGAACCUUUAAACGUGAUGAUAUACAUGAAAAUGAUGUCAUGAAUGACAUAUCACACCUGAUAUGAAAUUAGAAGGCCAAUAUUUAUAGGUUAUUAACUUUGUAUGUGGAUAAUAUAUGCAUGAGUUCUGCAGCGGUUAUAUUGUGCGACUUUAGGAGCGCAAGAUUAUCCGCAAAAGAAUGAGUGCAUAUAUCCACAUACAAAGUUGGUAAGCUUUUUAUUACCCACUAUCAAAUAAUUAAUUUAUUUUCAAAUCAUCAUAUUGUAACAAAAGACAGGACAAAUACGAAAGUAAAUUGUCCGAAAAUGUAAUAAACAAAUCAAACUGAUGCACGUUAAUAUUUUCCGCGAAAAUAAUGUCAACUUGUUGUCGCAUCGUGCGCGUGGACGCCAUGGACAACAUGCAGUUCUUUCCAUUACAACGUUAAGAAAACAUUCCACGUUAGAUAUGAAAGCGUUCCACGUCAUGAUAUGGAAAAAUAUUGCAUGAUCGCGGUCCAGUGAAACUCAAUGGAAAAUAUUUUUAGGUAUGUAAUAAGGAAAAUAUUUACGUUUCAGGUUCCUUUGAAACUUAACGGAGUUUCUUAAUGAGUAUGUAAUAAUCACUGUAACACAUAUUUUAAGAUAAAAUCAAAACUUCUUGGAGAGGGAUAAUAUAAUACUAACUAUCAUACUUUCACAUGUUUCCAUUUAUUUCAGUUAUGUCUUUGGUGGUUAAAUAUAUUAGCUAUACUGUAAAUCUGGUUUUAAUCACAAUCAUUUUAUUUUCACCAAUUUUCUGGAACAGAGUGGCGCUAAGAUUCAUAAAACUUGUGAAUGAUAUAAUAUGCUUCAUCGUACUCUGAUGUACAACAAGGAAAAACUUUGAUGUCUGUACAUUGUAAAUGUGUCAAUUCGCAAACUAAAUGUGAUACAAAAAGAUCUAAUCUUUGUUUUAAGAUUUCACAAUUCUACCAUUAUAUAAUUUGUGAGCAUGCAUACUGGCCAUACAGGCUUUUUUAUAUGAGUCUUUGAAAAAGUUAUUGUUACAAAACAUAUUCAUGCUAGAAUACUAUAACUGGCAUGGAGUAUUUGAAAUUUUUGAUUUUAUAUAAACUGAUGAACUAUAAUGCAUAUUUUCAUUGCAUUUAUUUUUCACUGCAGUGAAAUACAUUUCC